CCCCCCAUUGGCUGCUGCGCAAGCGGACUCCGGUCUCCUGGGGGACGUGGAUUCGGAAGAGUCCGCCAAGCAGCAGCAGCAGCAGCAGCAGCAGCAGCUGGUCAGCGCAGGAGAGCCGUCAUCCGCAGCCUGACCCACUUUAAGCAACUCCAAGGGUCAAGUGUCCUCCUCGGGUCGACCAGCGGCGAGUGAGAGAUGCAACUGCUUCCCAAAGUCCGCAGGGGAAGCUGAGCAGAGCGCAGAGAGCACAUGGCCAGGAUCAGUUUUUCCUGUCUGUGUCCAGCAUCUUGGCACUUCACAGUACCUUCAGUGAGCCUUUGUCUUCGCCAACGAUUGGCCCUGCUAGCUCUGUUAACUGGAACCUGCCUUCUGCUACUUGUAGCAAUUUCAAAUCUGUGGCACUGGAAAACUGACUCUCGGGACAGACAGUUUGAAAGAGAGAUAGGAAGGCAUCAGAGACAGCAAGGGACUCGUAAAGGAAACAAAAGGUAUCUAGCACGGUAUCGAGCCUUGGAGGCAACAGACACUGAGAACCCAUCUCUGAGUUAUGGAGUUGUUGUUGACUGUGGCAGCAGUGGGUCCCGAGUGUUUGUGUAUUUCUGGCCACCACACAACGGAAAUCCCCAUGACUUGCUGGAUAUUCGGCAAAUGCGAGACCACAGCAGUGAACCAGUUGUAAAGAAGAUCAAGCCAGGGAUCUCUACAUUGGCCAAAACUCCAGAAAAAGCUAGUGACUACAUGAAGCCUCUGCUCAGCUUUGCUGCUGCCUAUGUGCCCAAGGCCAAGCACAAAGAGACCCCUCUAUACAUCUUGUGUACUGCAGGGAUGAGGUUGCUGCCUGAUUGGCAACAGUCAGCCAUUCUUGAAGACCUGGUGAGGGAUGUGCCCUUGGAAUUUGAUUUCCUCUUUUCAGAAUCACAUGCGGAAGUGAUCUCAGGAAAGCAAGAAGGUGUCUAUGCUUGGAUAGGUAUCAACUUUGUUUUGGGGAGAUUUGACCACGAAGAAGAGGAAGACGCAUUGGUUUCAGUGACCCUGGCUGGUCAGGAAGAGCCUCUGGUGCGAAAAAGGACUGUGGGGAUCCUUGACAUGGGAGGUGCCUCCCUACAGAUAGCCUACGAAGUUUCCAGUUCCACACUCUUCUCUUCCCCACAGCAGGAGGAAGCUGCCAAGAGCCUGCUGGCUGACUUCAACCUAGGUUGUGAUACACAGCACACGAAGCAUGGAUACAGGGUUUAUGUCAACACCUUCCUGGGCUUUGGGGGCAACUUUGCCCGGCAACGCUAUGAAGAGUUGGUGCGGAAUCGGACCAUUGCCUAUAACAGGUUGCAAGGUGAUCAGAUAGGAGUAAACCCCAAUGUGCCUGUCUUAGACCCUUGCUUGCCUGUGGGACUGGAGGAUGUUAUGGACCAGAAUGGCCAGAGCUUGCAUGUUAGGGGCCAAGGAGACUGGGAAGCAUGUUCAGAGCAACUACGCCCCCUGCUGACCAGAGACAACAGCAGCCAAGCCUCUUUGAGCAACACCUAUCAGGCACCAAUUGAUUUUACAAACAGCGAGUUCUACGGGUUCUCUGAAUUUUACUACUGCACCGAUGAUGUGUUACGCCUGGGAGGGCCAUAUCAAAGCCGCACAUUCAGACGUGCUGCUCAGGAUUAUUGUGGUCUCAGUUGGUCUGUACUGACACAGAGGUUCCGAGACAAACUGUAUUCACCCCAUGCAGACCUGCAUCGUGUCAAGUACCAAUGCUUCAAAUCUGCAUGGAUGCACCAAGUCCUGCAUGAAGGAUUCCAUUUCCCCAAGGAUUACUCUGGCCUACGUACAGCUCAGUUGGUAUAUGACCGUGAAGUGCAGUGGACGUUGGGAGCAAUUCUUUAUAAAACCCGUUUCCUGCCACUCAGGGAUAUCCGUCAAGAGAGCAUCCGUCAGCCUCACAGCACUUGGCUUCGUCUCUCUUUUGUCUACAACCACUAUCUCUUCUUUGGGUGCAUCCUUGUGGUGAUACUUGCUAUUGGACUCUACCUCCUCCGUCUGCGCCGCAUCCAUCAACAGCAGCUGCACUCAGCUUCACUUGACCUGCUGUGGCUAGCAGAAGUGGUUCCGUCGCCAGCACAGGACCCAGGCUCCUGACAAAAAAGCUACCUCUUCAGUGACUCUCUAGUGCUGUACUAUGUGGCACUGUUUUUUUAAAGCAGGCCAAAAGCUGUGAUUCUCUCAUCUUUUGUUGUCCAGAAUUCUGUAGCACUCCAGCCUAGCCCCACACUCAGAAUGAUAACAGAACCUGCUCAUUGUCGUCCCCCUGUCCCACUAAAUGCAGCAUCACAACUGCAAUGAACUUUGGGUUUGAAACACAGGUUUUCUCUGUGCCUAAAGCCCCAGGAUGUGCGGAUAAUCACAGUACAGGUGCUGGAAGGGAGGAUCAGAGCUACCUUUCUCCAUCCCUGCCAAAGGGCAAAAGGCAGUGUAGUUACCAAGGAACACUUGAUUUACUCAGGAAGGAAAAGAGAAGCACCUGGUAUAGCAUCUUCCAGAAAAGGAAGGGACACAUUAAUUUGGUGCUUCAAGCUGUGCUAUAGGAAUAGGCCUCUCUUUUCACUGAUAUGUUUAGGGACCAAAUGCAUAUAUGCAGGAUUCCUUGGAAGAAAAAAAAUCCCUUGCUAUUCUAUGUCUCCCUUUUGUCCCACUUGUGGUGGGAUCCAAAAUGACAUUUGCACAGAACAUGGGCUGUUUUCAGAUCCUAUGUCACACACACACACCCUUCUGCUAUAACCCCAGAACAGGGGCUUUCAGAAGUUCUUAGUCUAUUGAAGACCACCUUGCAAUGUAGAAUGUUCUGAUUGGUUCACUUUGUUUUAAUGGUGACAUCUAGCCCUGAAUUUUGUAAGGGCUGUGUUCCAUAAGGUAAUUAAUACUUGAAUUCAAUUUACUGUAGCAAUAAAUUAUGUUGAUCUGGCUAGCCAGAGCUUCUUGAUGACUUACA